GUCAGUUUAGCAUCUGAAGCUCUGCACAACUCUUCCGACGAUCUGUCACGAUGCUGUGGGGUCUCUCUGCGGCGGCUCUGCUCGUGCUACUGCCAUGUUUGUCAUUCUUUAAUGUGGAUGAGAAGAAUGGGAUGUCAUUCAGUGGCCCUGUGGAGGACAUGUUUGGCUACACCGUGCAACAGUUUGAGAACAGUGAAGGAAAAUGGGUUCUGAUUGGUUCUCCUCUGAAGGGUCAGCCAGCCAAACGGACUGGAGAUGUCUACAAAUGCCCUGUGGUUGCAGGCGGUUCUUCAAAGUGUAUACAAUUAGACUUGCCUGACCAAACAACAAUUCCAAAAAUACAUGAAGUCAAAGAAAAUAUGACCAUGGGAAUGACGCUGGUCACUAAUCCGGAUGGGAAAGGAUUUCUGGCCUGUGGUCCUCAGUAUGGUUACAUGUGUGGAAGUCAGCAGUACAUCACAGGCAUCUGCUCUAACGUCAGUUCAUCAUUUAAAGUGCUUAACUCCAUCGCCCCGACUGUUCAAGAGUGUCAGCAAGACAUGGACAUUGUCAUUGUUCUGGAUGGCUCUAACAGCAUCUAUCCCUGGGAAGACAUCACAAGGUUUCUGGAGAAGUUUCUUGCAAAGAUAGACAUCGGCCCAGCGAGGGUGGGUAUUGUAUCAUAUGGAGAUGACGUCGGGAAUGUUUUUAACCUUAGCCAGUUCACUAGCACUGCGCAACUUGUUAAAGAAGCUGCCAAAAUCCCUCAGAGAACAGGCCACAAAACCAUGACUGCUCUGGGCAUCGAUACAGCAAGGAAGGAGGCGUUUACAGAGGAGCGUGGGGCGAGGCCAGGGGUCAAAAAGAUCAUGGUAAUCGUCACAGAUGGGGAGUCACAUGACAACUAUGAUCUGAAAAGAGUCAUUGACGACUGUAAAAAAGAUGGGAUUGAGAGAUUCUCUAUUGCUGUGCUUGGUGAUUAUAACCGCCAAAAUAAAAGUGUGGAACAAGUGAAAAAGUUCAUUGAUGAAAUCAAGUACAUUGCAAGCGACAAAAAAGAGGAUCAUUUCUUCAACGUGUCGGAUGAGGCAGCCCUGAUCAACAUUGUUGAUUCUCUAGGAAGCAAAAUCUUUGCUUUAGAGGCUACAUCUGGGAACCACACCUCUUCGUUUGAGAUGGAGAUGUCUCAGUCCGGCUUCAGCGUUCACACAUCUAGAGCGGGUGUCAUGUUGGGGGCGGUUGGAGCAUAUGACUGGAAUGGCACCGUCGUCAUGCAGUCUGGAAACCGCUUCACCGUGCCCAAAAGAAACACCUUCCACAACCCUCUAGUGCAGAAGUAUGAGGGCAUGGCGGGAUAUGUGGGUUAUGAUGUUCAGUCAGCGUACACACCCUCUGGAGUUUUUUACAUCACUGGAGCUCCGAGAUUUAACCACACGGGCCGGGUCACCAUCUACCGCUUUGAUGGGAAAAACAUCAACAUUACACAGAACCUGAAAGGAGAGCAGAUUGGCUCCUACUUUGGCAGUGUUCUUCAGACGCUUGAUGUUGACAACGAUUCCUACACAGAUAUUCUGCUGGUUGGAGCUCCAAUGUAUAUGGGCCCAGAGAGAGACGAACAGGGACAAGUCUAUGUAUACAAGAUCAGUAAGGAAGGUGUGUUUGAGCAUGAGAUGACUCUGCGGCCGGUAAAGCAGACAUGCUGCACUGCCCACUCCCACUUGUCCUGCACCAGCUUGAACAAAAACGAGCCGUGUGGAGCCCGAUUUGGCACAGCCAUUGCUGCCGUUCCCGACCUCAACCUGGAUGGCUUUAACGACGUGGUAAUCGGGUCACCACUGGAGAACGACCACAGAGGGGCGGUGUACAUCUACCAUGGCAACCAGCAGUCAAUACGGGAAAAAUACGUACAGAGAAUAGCAGCUGGAGGUGAUGGUGAAAAGAUGAAGUUCUUUGGCCAGUCCAUUCAUGGAAUCAUGGACUUGAAUAACGACGGCAUCAUUGACGUCACUAUUGGAGGAAUAGGAGGAGCUGCACUCUACUGGUCACGGGAUGUUGCAGAGCUCCAUGCGAACAUGACCUUCGACUCGGAGAAGAUCAACCUGCAGCAGCAGACGUGUAAGAUCAACGGAAAGGACAUGGUGUGUGUGAGGACAACUGUAUGUUUUGCAUACAAAGUGAAGUCUGAGAAAGAGACAAAUCCAGUUACCAUGAUCCGCUACAACCUGACGCUAGACUCCCUGCGUGCGAUUGCCAGAGGGAGGUUUAAAGGCACGGAUGACAGAAAAAUCCAGAAAAAUGCCACCAUCAAAAACCAUCUAUGCAAUAAUCACUCCUUUUACAUGUCGGAGAAACUGGACUUCAGGGAUCCGCUCAUGGUGUCUCUGGACUUUGGGUUAGCAAGUGAUGAUGGACCAGUUCUGGAUGGGGACUUGCCAACAUUGCUUAAUAAGACGAUCACUUUGGUGGACUGUGGAUACCGUGAUAAGUGCUUUGCUGAUUUACAACUUAAAGCAGAGGCAAACAUUAGCAAACUCAUCAUCAAAGCCAGCCAGGAGAAAUUCCAGGUCACCAUUAAAAUUAAAAACAGCAGAGACAACGCUUACAACACCAGAGUCCUGCUGAGCACCACUGAAAAUAUCAACUACGUCAAAGUGGAGCCUAAAGAUAAAGACUGUGAGCCCAAUAAAACCAGAGUGGUGUGUGCAGUGGGAUACCCAUUCCUCAAAUCAAACAUAGAGGAAGAGCUGAAGAUUAUCUUCGAGGUCAAUCCUUCCCACAUUCGAAAAGACAUUAUCAUUAACAUCACUGCAACUAGUGAUAGCGAAGAACUUCAGAAUGAAGACAACUCUGUUUACAUAUCCAUCCCUGUGACGUAUGUGGCUAGCCUGGAAUUCACUGUCAUGAAGUACAUGAAGGAGGAUCAUAUAGUCAUAAAAGAAGGGGAGAGAUGGCCUGACGUUUUCAAUGAUACUAGCAUGAUUGGAGAGGAGAUGAAAGUUAGCUAUGCGAUUGUGAGAAAUCCUGAGUUGAAGAGUCCUCCUCUGAAGCUGAAUGUCACCUUCCCAUUCAUCACAACCGCAGAUAACAUGCUUCUCUAUCUCACUGACAUCUCCACAUCCGAUAAAAGCACCUGUGACAAACGUUUGGUCGACCCUUUGAAAAUCCGACAGAAGCCUUACACCCCAAAGCCUAAAACAGAAACACUCAGCAACUUUCUGCUGAGCUGUGCAGGAUAUGCAGUUUUUUGCAAGUCAUUUAGCUGUUUAAUCUCCAAUGAUGCUAAAAGCAGUUAUAUCAAUGCCACCUUCAGAGUCUGGAUGCCAACAUUCAUCAAAGCUGAGUUUUCUGAAAAAAGUGUCGACAUGAUAGUUCAUGCAAAGCUGGAGAACCAGGACACAGCCCUCUUCCAGUUAAGCAAGGCCGAUGAAGUCAGAGAGGUGAAGGUCCAGAUCUCUAAAGAGUCUCGAGGUGGAAUUCCUCUUUGGAUCAUAAUCCUGAGUAUUCUUAUAGGACUGCUAAUACUGGCACUAGUUAUUUUUGCUCUUUGGAAGGCUGGGUUCUUCAAGAGAAAAUCAGUGGAAGACAUGAAGGAGGAAAUGAAAGAUGAGUAAAGGCUUCCUUCGGAGGUCAAACUUACCCUCAGGUCAAACUUCACUCAUUCACAGAGGCCAUAGAAAUCACAGCUUAGCAGGAUCAGCAUGGACAGGGAACAUCAUGAGAAAACCCAAAGAUAAACCCCAAAAUCUACCUCUGGAAUAUCUAGUUAUCCGGAAUGUUUGGAUAUUCAGGAAUGUUCCCAAAGUGUUCAGUGUUCAUACCAAAGAAUUUUUGUCACUGAUUAGUUUUGUGUACUUACUGCAAGGUUAGUGGAUCCUGUCUUUGGAUACCACAGACUUGUGAACAACUUUUCCAAACCAUGAAAUGCCUUCAGCUUUGUUUUUCCAAGGGCUAGAACCCUGACCUGAGAUAGUUAUUUAUCCUCAAAUGGGAAAAGGAAAUGGAAAAUCUCACCAAGAACGUGGAAGUUACAAAAUCACAAUAUGAGAAGGAAAAUAUUACAUCACGAUAUUAAAAAGAAAAUGUAAGUAAAAUGAACAUGAAGUCACAAUUUUGAAAGCAUGAAGAACCCGUCCACAGCAUUUGACCCUGCAGCUUCCUCAGUGCUCUAUGCCUGUCAAAACCCAGACACAUCUGUGUGGAAAGCACUGACCACACAAUUAGAGGUCUUUAUAAAAAUGAACUGAAUCUUUUUUAUAUUUUCUUCAGAACCACUGUAAAUGUAUCCUUUGAGCUCAGUGCAUUGCAUUUUUUAUUGACUGUUUUGGCACAUUACUUUGCUUGUACACUGUUGUUUUUCACAGAAGAUGUUUUCCUCGUUUGAACAGUGAGGCUUUGAUUGAUUGUACUGUAACUGUAUAUUAAGCUCAGAAUGUAUAUAGAUGUUUGCAGUAAUGCUUGUAAUUUAAAAGAAUUUAUGAGGCCACAACCCCUGAAUACGAGCAAACUCUACUGCAGCCUUACUCAGGAGUUCAGCUCAGUAAUGCUACCAUUCAAAAGAUUGGAAUCAUGUGUCAUAUUAGUAUUUACUGUUACAUUAUUCCAUUAAUAACUUUUAUACAGUAUAAUUGGUUAAACACUUUUUUUUCAAAUAUGAAUUUUGAUAUUAGAACUUAAAUGUUCUACAGCCAAUAGAAUCGGUCUACAGCUCUGCUCAUUGUUCUAGACUGAUCUAACAUUUCUUUUUCUUCUUAUGAAUUAUUGAAAAGCUGUAAAGUUGUUGAGUAUCAGCAUCACAGCAGAUCCAUCUUACACAUGUAACAGUGAAAAGUUCAAACUUUGAUUGAUAAUAUAUGGCAACUUAAAAUUGGAAAAUAAGUAAGUUUUCUGAGCUAUUAAAGUACAUAAAUAUGUGGAAA